CUAAGAUUUAAUUAUCGACUCCGUUUCAAUUCAUAACACAUUAUUAGUCAGUAAAAUGUCAGAUAAUGUUUAUCACUGAAUAAUAGCACACAAAAAUGGUGCAUUUUUAUGUGUCAUACAGCUCCAUCGUGCACAUGCAAUAACAAGUGUUGCACUUUUUUUUAACUUGAAUUAUAUGUAACUAAUUAUUUAAUCUUACGUUUGAAAAUAAAAAUAUUCUAAAUUUUCUAACAAAGCAACAAGGUUAUGAAUUUUCAAAAAUACAUUGGUAAAAACGUAUUAUUGCAGUAUCAAUAAAAUGGCAGAAAAAUCAGUUGUAGGAGGAAUUCCAGUUGAGUGUUUAACUGGAGAAUCUGCUGUUAUUUGGUCUGGUUGGCGUACAUUAGGAGAUAGAGAAGUUGUCAGAGAAGCAUCGGCAAAAGGCACUCAUAUUAACCUUGCUCAUAAACAUUUAGCAUAUAGGAGAAAUUGUUCUAUCGAUGAUGCUCAACAAUAUUUUAACAAUGAAGUAGAAAUCUGGAUUACAGAACUUUUGAAGAAACGCCAGAUUUAUAGAGCUUCCCAUGUUUUAAAUAAUAUGAAAAAAGACCCAAUUGAAUAUAUAUUUAAUAUUUGUAUAAGCUGUAAAGAUUCUAUGUUAAGGAAUUAUUUAGCAGAAUACUUAAUAAGUGUAGAACACUUUGAAACUGAGUAUAUAAAUUCGUGGAAUAUUAUAAAAAGUAUUACAGAAUUUGAACAAAAGUACAUGAUUGAAAAUGGUAUAAGCACUUCUCUAUCUAUACAAGAUGUUAUAAAAUUGCCAGAAAUUGUGAAACAAUCAUUAUGCACUGAAUUAUAUUUUUCUAUCACGAACCAUACUCUUUCUACAAACAUCACUAAUGAUGUAUUAUGGGAUUAUUUGCUGUCAAAUAAUAAAAUUGAGAUGAUACAGUUCUGGAUUGAUAGUUAUUAUGGCGAUAAUGUGAUGUCAGAAUCAAUUGAUAUCAAUGAUGAUUUAAAAUCUUUAUUUACUUCAUUGAAUAUUACAUCAGAUAUGAUUGAAUCGAUUGAUUCCUCAAAUGCUAGCUCUCUUGUGAAAGAUUUAACUAAAAACCAUUUGUGUAGGAAUGGAAUAUUUGUAGAAAAAGAACGGCAAGAUAUAAAACUGAUGUUAGGUCGUAUUUUUAGUAAUGCAAUGACGCUAUCAGAAUUUAACAAGGUAUUGUUGCAUAAGUCUUGUAACAUUAAUAGGACUGAAUUUAUGCAAAAUGUUGAAAAAGAGUUGUGCCUUGCACAUUGUUUAAAUGAAACAAGUACUCAAGAAGAUAAAGUAAAAAUCGGAGAAUUGUAUGAUGCAUUGACAAAAAUGUGUGAAGGAGAAGAACAAUGCGAAGAUAUGUUGAUAGAAGGCAUUUUUAAAACAAUUCAUUAUUUCGCGGAUGAUGUUGAUGAAUAUUUAAAACAAAAUUAUUUGAUAGUUUUGGUAUUAAUAUUUUCGUAUUUAUCCAAGGAAAGCAAAAUAAGUCAAAAUAAAAAUACAGAAAUGAAAGAAAGUAUCUUACAAGAUAUAUUUCUGAGUAAAAAUAAUUUACAAUUGGGCAGUUAUAGUGUUUCAAAUGAUGUUCUUCAAAACACAUUAAAACACGUUCCACUUCUUGAGCGCGUUGUAGAAAAUAAACCCAAAAAGGAAACCACAAUGUAUGAAUUAUUAGAUGGUUAUAAAAAUUUAAAUACCAAGCAAUUAUUUAAAUGGCGUUUUAAUGAUGAACCAAUGCCUCAUUUUUCGAAUGAUGCUCUAAUUAAAAAGUAUGGAUAUACCGAAUCGUUAACGUAUGAAUAUUAUCUGAAAGAAGCCCGUCCUACUAUGGCCAUAUUCAGUUUAAAACACUCUCAAGGGAAACUAAUUGGAAAUAUAUUUUCUAGAAGGAAAUAUAAAGCAGCUCUAUAUGCCCAUAUUUUUGCUUUGCAAAAUUUAGAUAAAUCAGAAAUAUUAUGCACUUGUAUCUCUUUUAUUGAAAUGCUAGGUGUUGACUCAGAAAAUUUAAGACUUCAUAUAACGGCAGCUAAUUACGUGCAAAGAGAGAUGAACAUUUCCAUUGGAAAUUUAUUAGAGAACAUAGUAUAUAAGAAUGAAGAUGAUUUGAAAACUGUUAUGUCACAUCUUGAAAAUAGUUUUAAAACCAAUUUUACUGAAAAUAUAAUUGAAGACAGUCAGCAAUUUGUAAAGAUACUAAAAAUAUGGGACGUUAUUGUGCGAUUUGCAAGAGCACAUAAUUUUCCUUUGCCAGUCAGUUUAUUAACAUUUUUAGCAAAUCACAAUUACUGGUUCGAAUUUACUUUAGUUUCUGAUAUUUUCGCUUAUCCUUUAGAUCAGGUACUGGAAAAUGCAAAAUAUAUGGAAGACACAAUUUUAGGAGAGCAUUUGUUAACUUGUUUAAGCAAUACACACCUUACAAAAUGCCAAUCAGCUGUUUGUAGUGAACAUAAAGUGAAAUCACGGGAUGUUAGACAAUCACUGUAUUAUAAAAUUGGUGUUAAGCAAAGUGGAUCCUCUAUUUCUGAUUCUUCAGCAUCAAUAGAUUCUUUAAGUACUUCUGAUUCGCGCAGUUUAACUGAAUAUCCCUUACAUGAUAAUAUUUGUGCUCCAAAUGAUGAUUUAUGGUUAAUUAUUCUUAAGUGUCAUCAAAGUCCAGACCCACCAGGUGCUUUAAUAAAUGCUUCACGAUUAACAUCACGACCUUUUCUUACCGUUUUAGCAACUUGUUAUGAGCCAUCAUCAACAGCAGCAUUCUGUUAUUCAUGGAUGGUAAUAUCUACCGCAGAUGAGGACAUACUUUCUAAAUACAAAGAAUGUCUAGAACAACAAAUAUGGACUGCUAAUCAAGUAUUUCACUUGUUAAUUAAAAUGUUAACAUGUGGAUAUAUUAGUACUCUUAGUAGGGCUUAUAAAAUUUUUAUGCCGGAAAGUCCUUUCAAUUUAUUGUUUGAAUUUUUUGUACAAUGUGCAGAGUAUGGUAAUUUUGAAGGAUAUCAGCAAAACUUAUUGGAAUUUAAAACUCAGUGUUUAAAUUUAAAAUGCAAUAAAGCUAUGGAUUGGGAUUGUUCUGAUACCACCUACUUAAGUAAUUUGCAUUGGGUUGCCAGUGUUGCAAUUAAUUGUGUUGUUACAGUACUCGCCUACGGUCUUAGAAGUACACACUUACAAAUCAAAUUUCUCGAAAUAUUAAUCAAGUCUAAUUUUUACGCAGAGUUUCCAGUUCCCAUUCCAAAUUUUAAAUCUUUACUACGUAUUAUAAAAAUCCUUCAAAAAACUAACAUGGUCUUUAACUAUGUCAAAUUUACUAUGUCAAAUGAUGCAUAUAACUUUGAUGUAGACAUUCAAAGAUGUAUCGAUGAUUUAUUAAAAAUUGAAGAUUAUAACAGUGCUUUGGAAUUAUCAAAUGUAGUAGGAUUUAAUUCAUCUGAUAUAAUUUUAGCUCAGUAUCGAAGUAAAUUUAAAUAUUGUGCCCAAAAGAAUGAUAACAUCAAUGAUAAAUUUUGGAGCGAGUGUGCGCAAAAUUUUGAAAAGUAUGAUGUACCUUGUGAAAAAUCAGCAGAGUUUUUUAUUGAGCACGCCGAGAAAGUUAUUUCUCAUAAAGAGAGAUAUGAAAUACUAAAACUAGCUUUUGAAACAUUAAAGAACGUUGAAACAGAACAGCAAAAUAUUAAUGCCCUAGAAGUGGCAAUGUGGAAAUCAUGUAUAUUAGCUGGACCUGAAAACAUACAACUAGACAACGAAUCUCAUAGCUUCAAUAAACUGAAAACAGAGUUAUUAUCAGGAUUAAAUAAGUUGAAGCUUAAUUGCGUUUUGAAUGAUUCGCAUGAAAAGACUGCCGCAAAGAAUCUAAUUGAUAAAUUAAUUGAUUUAGGAAAAUUAGAUACUGCAUUGAGAAUAAGUACUAUUUUUAAUUGUAAACAUAAAGAUUUACAAAAUCUCAUGCUAUGUUUGAGAUUGGCAGAAGGUGAAAUUUCACCAAAUGAGUUAACUGUUGAACAAAAAGAUUUUUUGAAAGAUGUUAAUAAAAAUAAACAACAAAAAUACGGGGCCUUAAAAAAUCGUGGUUUGCAAAGAUUAUCUUCAUCUUCUUCAUUGACUACUUCAACCAGUACAAGCGAAAUAAAUAAAAUAAGAGAUGAAAACAUCUAUAAAGUUCAAAUAGAAUGUUUAUCAACUCUACAAAAAUUACUUGAAACAUUGGAACAUGGAGCAAACAUAUGUCUUAAAGUUGUAUUAUGUUAUAAACUAGCAAUGCAGCUGGGAAAAAGUUACCAAUUGUUGUUAAAGUUAAAUAAUCCCAUUCAAUUUUUACAAGAGGUUGCAGAAAGUGAUAUUGAAGAUAAAUCUGAGGUUAUUAGUGAUAUAAUUACUGCAUAUAAAAUAAGCAAUAAUACUAUCGCAAAAUUUUUAGCUGAAAAUAUUACAAUGAAAAUUAGUCGUGGUGUGGAAGGUGGAUAUGAAGAUAAUAUUUAUUUGUGGGGAUAUUCUUUAAAUACAAAUUUUCGAAUAAUUAUGGAAUUAUGCAGUGAUGUCUCACUUCUUGGUUGGCAACUUUUGAAAACUGCAAACAAAUUGCUUGGGCAUUUUCAUAAUGAAAUACGAAACGAAUCAACUUUAAAAACAACAGUGGAAUUAUUAAUACGGGUUCAUGAUUGUUUUACAACUUCCUGCAAUAUGGAGGGAAUAGCAUCAGUAUUACGUAAAUGUCAAAAUCUUGCAAAUGUUUUACAAAAUCUUAAAUUCUGGACGCUAUUGGUACGUCUUGUAACAGGUGUUGGUCGUUAUACAGAAAUGAGUUACGUAUUUCAAAUAUUAAAGGAAAACGAUCAGUUUGAAUUCUUGCUUGGAAAAGGAUUAGAUAAAGGAACUGGUUUAAAAACGGCACUUUUGGAGUUUUUAAAACGUCAUUGUCCUGAAAAUAAAGAUCUUUUUACUCUAGUGGCAUUGCAUUUUCAAUUAUAUCACGAAAUUGCACUUAUGUGGGAGAACGAAGCAAAAGAUGUAGUUAAAUCGUUAAUAGCAGAUGCAACAAAAGAACAUGGAAAAUUACAAGGUUCUGUUCAACAUGAAAUAAAAUUUACUAAAACUGAAACUGUUCAGAAGCAGCUACAGUUAGCAGUUACUAAUUAUACUCAUGCAACACAAUAUUAUUUACAAGCUAACAAAUUAAAUUUUGCUGGUCAAUGUUCUGAUCAAGAACAACUAGUUGCUCUCCAACUUUCAUUACUUAAUUCAGUGUCUUAUAAUCAACAAGUAAUUUCCAUACUUAAUUUGAAGUCUGAAGAUAUUGAUAAAGUAUUAUGUCAUAUCUUAAGUUUUUCUCAAGCUCUUAUUGUUAUACGUGCCUAUAAUCAUCAUGUCGAUUGGGUGAAUCUAAUUUACAAUCAUUGCAUACUAAACGGAGAAACUAAAUAUUUAAGAGAUUUUAUAGCCGUAAAUAAAUUAACUACUAAUCUCGUGCAAGAUUGUACUCGCAGGUAUAGAUUGGAGAAAAGCAUUACUCAUACUAUGACGGACAAUAUGAAAAUAUUAAUUUCUGAAUUAUCAGAUGUGGAAUGUAAGUAUGUGCUAGCCAGUCAGUUAGGAUUUAAAGAUAUUGUAGAAACAAUGCUCAAUAAUCCUAUGAUAGGUGCAUACCUUAAAGACACUGUGUGGAAAAGAAAAUAUAAUACUACCUAAGUAUUUUAUAUUUAAAUAAAAUGGUAAAUAUUUAAAGACAUAAAUUCCAAAAUGUAUAUAUA